AUGCAGUGCAGUUAUACCCAUUGCAACGGAUCCCAUAUCAUUUGCUCGGGUACAACUAUCGAACGAAUGGCUAAGAAGAAACACUAUGGUAAGAAUACUCGCUCUCACAUGAACUGGAAGGAUCUGGUCAAGGAAAAUGACAAGUGGGAAAAGUAUUAUAAAACUGAACUGCGGUUAUUUUCUGAUGAAGCGGAAUGGUUAGACUUCAAAAGGGCCUGCCAGAGGGAUCUGCCAUUGACGUUCAGGAUUACAGGCACAAGAGUUCACGCUCAAGAUAUUUUGCAAAUUUUCAAGCAAAAGCACCUGCCAAGUUUGACCAAUAUUACCUUUGAGGGAGAAGCAGUUAAACCGCCCAUACAGCUCGAAUGGUAUCCAAACCAUUUAGCUUGGCAACUGGACGUUUCUAAACGAAUACUUAGAAAAAGUGAGCAGUUUGCAAAAACCCAUAAAUUUCUAGUAAUGGAGACUGCUAUAGGUAACAUUUCAAGACAGGAGGCCGUGUCUAUGAUACCUCCUCUACUGCUCAGGUUAGAAUCAAAUCACAAUGUUCUGGAUAUGUGUGCUGCACCUGGGUCCAAAACAGCCCAAUUGAUAGAACAGCUACACAAGGAUACCGAUGAACCCACGGGGAUAAUCGUUGCGAAUGACUCAGACAUGCGGAGGUCGUACCUCUUAGUGCAUCAGCUGAAAAGAUUGAAUAGCUCCAACAUUCUAGUGGUAAACCAUGAUGCACAAUUUUUCCCGAAUAUUCGCACCAACAGUUUGAAUAACAAUAUUACCAUGAAAUUUGACAGAAUUUUAUGCGAUGUUCCCUGUUCUGGGGAUGGUACUUUGAGAAAAAACAUAAACAUUUGGAACGACUGGAGGUUUCAAAAUGCACUCGGAUUGCACCGCUUGCAGAAUAAUAUCUUAAACCGAGGCCUACAGUUGCUCAGAAAUGGCGGGAGAUUAGUUUACUCGACGUGUUCUAUGAACCCUAUCGAAAAUGAGGCUGUUAUUGCCAAUGCACUUAGGAAUUGGGCUGGGGAGGUUAGCCUGGUUAAUUUUGACGACGAGCUGCCAGGAUUAAUCAGAUCUCGAGGUAUUUCUUCCUGGCCAGUUAUUGAUAGAAAUGGAGAAAUGAGAGAAAGAGGCGACCCUGAAACGCUCGACAGCUGGUUCCCACCUACUGCAGACGAACAAAAAACAUUUAAUUUGGAGAAGUGCAUCAGGGUUUACCCCCAUCAACAAGAUACAGGCGCAUUUUUCAUUGCCGUUUUCGAAAAGAAUGCCCCUCUCGAACACGAAUUCCCGGAGAGACCCGAAGAACUGACGUCAAAAAUGGCUCAGUUGGGAUUGAAGACUGGUUCCGAAGGGCAAACUAAAAAGAAGAUUGUUUUGCCCUUAGAUGCAAAUGCUGAGCCGUUCAUCUUCCUUGAACCAAGCAACAAAGUACUACAAGAUUGCUGGAAUUAUUACGGAAUUGAUGACCAAUUCGAUAAAAGUUCCUGUCUCGUUCGUAACACCACCGGCGAACCCACUAGGGUGAUUUACAAAGCUCUUGAAACGAUAAGAGAAAUCAUCUUGCUGAACAAAGAUAGACUGAAUGUCAUACACACGGGGGUUAAACUUUUUGUUUUUCAAAAGAUGGAUGUGGCUUGCCCUUGGAGAGUCUCUAGCGAAUCGUUACAGACUCUACAGCAUCACGUUAAACCUGAUAGAGUCAUAACAACAAACGAUAAAACUUUGAAAUUCUUGUUAACGGAGUCAUUUCCAACUCUCGAUUACGUCAAAGAACAGGAUCUUGAUACCGGGUUCAUUACAAAAAUUGACAAAUUAUCCCCCGGCUGUGCAUUUGUUAAAAUUCCGACUGACCUUUCCGGGAGAGAACCAUUAAUCUUUCCUGUAUGGGUUGGAGUGAACUCUGUAAAUUUGUUGAUCCCCAAAGAAACCGUGGAGGAAUUAGCUUAUAGGGUCUUUGAUAUCGAGCCCAAGUUGAAAGAGAAUUCAGGCGGUCGUUGA